AUGUCAUCCGGACGUCCCCCGCCUCCCCUAUUUCCGCCACUCCCUCUCGAUCCUAUUUCUGAUAAUCUUCCCUCGGACAUCAUCUCACGAGACUCAUCCUCCUCAGACUCAGAUACCGAAACCACCGCGAAACGGGGCCGCAUGUUGAAACACGCCGAGAGCUACUUGCGGGGAGAGCCGCUUUAUCUACACUCUGCGGGACUGCGAGGUCCAGUAGUUAAGAAUCCAUGGGCAAAGGGGAAGAAACAAACCAAAAGAAAAGCAAUAGAACUAGAGGAAGGGACUUGGGAGGAGGACAUGAGUAAGAGAUUAAAGCGCAGGCAGGAAGAGAGGGAGAUGGAACCAGGUCCCUCGCAAGUUGGGAGAAACGCGAUGAAUAUGUGGAGUAGAGGGACAAAUACUACUUGGGACAGAUCAGGCCCCUCAACUCCGACCCCAUUGCGCACAAGGCCGCCUGAAGCAACAAAUGUACCGGAUCGAUCGCAAUCUCGAUCCCAUUCACCAUCCGAUAAAGAUUUACUAGAAUUUAGGACACCAGUCAAAAAGAAGCCAAAGGCUCCUAUUGAAAUUUCAAUUGAAGAUUCCUCCAAUCAUCGAAGGUCUUCGAGCGCAAAGAAAUCAUCCCCGCCUUUGGAGUCAGCUUGCUCAGCCUCGAAGUCUAUUUCUGUGCGGAAGACAAGAAAAGAGCCUUUAGAAGUCCGAGACUCAACACCACGACUUAGGCCUAGGAAAAACUCUCUUGAAGAAAUUACACCAGAUACGCCAACGCAGGUCCGAGACACAGCCCCAAGGCUCAGGCCUGGACGAAAGCCUACUACUACAGAACCUAUACUAGAAGUACCAAUACGAACCCAAGAUUUAGCUUCGAGGUCCAGGUCUACGCGCAGCUCAACUAGAGCCUCUGAGCCAGAAUUAGAACCGCCCCGGGAAUCUCGAUCCGCUUCUAAACAAACAAACACCCGAGCUAGAACUAAAUCAAUUGAAUCAUCUCAAGAGACUCGCUCAAUUGCAAAACAUAGAUCCACACGAAAUAGCUCUAAAGCACUGGAGGCUCAGUCACUAAAUCAAGAGCAAGAGCAGAUUUUAGAUACUAUAGAAGUGGUGCCCCCACCUGAGGUACAGUCGGGUGAUAUAGAUAUGAAAAAGUCAAAACCCAAGAAUGAUUUUGGAGCGGUACCACCGUUCGGCAUGGCGCCUGAACGGCCGAAAGCGGAAAGGAGGCAAAGGGGCGGGGGUUCUAAGAAGAAAGGGAAAGGGCCGGCGGAUACCCAAACGGAAGAGCAGGAAGUUUCAGGGAACAUGGAUAUAAAGAAGUUCACAGAACCAGAAGUGCUUCAACAGGUGGAGGAUACAGAUGCUAUUACUUAUGUACCGGGACCUGAAGACGGACCGGAAAUGGUUGAGAUCAUGAACAAAGAAAUAGAUCCAGGACUGGCGGAUACGAGAGUCGCAGCUGUAACAGAACCAAAUAAUCCUUGUGGGAAUGUAGAGGUCACAAGUAAUGAGCCUUCUAUCACUUUGGCUAUACCAGAGCCGGGGCAGGAACAACUCGCAGAAGCGAAAGCAUCAUCUUCAAGCAAAGACCCCACAAGAGAGGAGGUUUUUCAAAACUGGGUUAAUCGCCAUGUAGCUGCUUCGCAAAAGUUUAGCGCGGAUCAUAAGAGAAUUUCCAUUGCGAACCUUCUAUCGCCGGCGGCAGAAAGCCCAGUUGUGUGCAGGAAUACAAAUAGAAGAGUCGAGAAUAUUGCCCCUGAUAGCUCGAUGAAUGGUGGUAAAGUAGCAGUGUCACGCUAUGACCCUAUUACUGCGAGGCCAGUUGAACCCCCAGCAAAAGUCCCCGCACCACUCCCACCAAUUUCGCGACUUGAAAAGGCCCAAUCACCUAUCAUAUCCCAUACCGCCACGAUUGAUGUACCGUGCUCUCCUGACCAACUGCCAAAAUUUGCAUCAAAGGACACACAUAAAGAAUCCCCAACGCAAUUUUGCACCACACACCAUGCGCCGGGAGCACAGCUAGUGAAUCAACACGAGUCCUGGCAAAACAUACAACACGCUGUUCUCAUCCCCCAGAGGGGCAUCGUUGAAGCCAUCCAAGAGUCACCUACUCCACUAGGAGGCUAUCCCUCAACCGCUAUCACUCCCGGGAGAGACUUGUUGAGGCCAAUUCGUUUUUUCGACGACGAAACUCAAUCUGAGACACUGAUGAACACGAAUCACUUCGUAGACUCUUACAAAACCGGAGGUAAAAGUCCAUUCAAGACUCCAGGAAUGGAGAAUGUUCAAUGGACAGUUGAGCCCGAUGAGUUAUUGAAGACUCUAGGAUCCGAAGGCUUAGUUACAUCGCGCGACGAAGAGAAUAAAGAAGAAACCCUACCGAAGACUUCAAACCUUCAAUGGACAGAUCAAUCGUACGAAGUAGAGGGGGGGGCUGUCGCCAAGACACCAGGGUUAGAAAAUAUUCAAUGGUCAGCCGAACCAGGACCAAGGGAAGAGUCCCCACCGAAGACACCGCCGAGCCGCCAGUUAUCACCAUUUAAGAUCUCAUUCGGCAGUGAAGAGUCUGGAACAACUUUUACUCCGUUCCACGCCUUUGCCACACCCGAAUCAUCACCAAAAGCUAAUCGGCAGAGGGAAUCCUCACCGCAUGACCUCUCCACGUUUGAUAUCCCUUCGGCAUCUAAGAAAUCAGUCAAGUUUGCGCGAAGUCUCUCCGCGACUGAUGACAAUGAUGAGAGCGGAGAAAACGCAAACAUAAUGAGUUUAAGCAACAACUUCUCGCCUGUGCUGGGGGUGGAGCCGCAAGGUACUGAGAGUCUAUUGGAACAGGUGAAAGACUUUAUGGGCGAAGGUGUAUGGGAUGCAGUGACAGAGGCGCAGAAAAUCGCGGGUAGUGAUACUACGUCAACGGCCCCAAUUGAGAAGGGUGAGAAAAAGGAGUACAUGAGUGCUAGAAAAAGGAGGGCGUUGAUGAAGAAAAAGACUUAA